ACAACCUCAAAUGCCGUUCGCAACUCCACGAGCGAGCUGUGGUGACGACUUGCAGGUGACUCGCCCUCGCUAAGCUUCGUUCUUCGAACGCUGACUCGAUUGGCAAGUCACGUCUUCUGCAGCCAAUGUGCCGACACUUCCGGACUCUCCAGAUCUUCCGAUGCGAACAGACAGUGUCCUGCUUGCGGGACGCAGCUCAUCAACCCUGACGAUGUCGUGGUCGCUGGGCUUAAUCCGUCCGAGGAUUACAAAACUAGUGUGCUCAGUGGACUCAGUCCCACGAUCAUCAUGGAGUGUGCCAGCAGAGGACUGGCGUUCUAUUCAUACCAAGCAUCGCAGGAGAUCAUUUACCAAGAGCAUCUUGCGAAGUCGUUGACCGAGAAGUACUCGAACCUGAGCCAGCAGAUGGACCAGCUCAUCAACGACGCCAACUCACAGAUUAAGGUACUGCAGGACAAAUUGCAAGCGAUGCAAGCUGAACAGGCCUCACUCGAGCAGAAGAACCACGAGCUGGUUGAUGCCUUCCGCGAAAAGAGCAAGGCCCAACAGCAACUUCAGAAGCUUUACCAAUCGCUCAAGGCCCAAGUCAUGGCUACCCACGUUGCGAAUGCCGCCGGCGACGAAGCAGACUUCACACUCCACACCGCUCGCGGCGACCGAUUCGUAGACCGGCUUCCUGGUACACGAACCGGCACUGCAAACCUCAGCCAGCUCAGUGCGAGUCAACAUCAUGGUGGAAGGGGAAGGCAUCACAACCGAGAUGGCAGUGGCAGCUCGGGUAGCAGCGGACAGCAGAGAGGUGGCGUUGGGCUGGGUUUCCAGUGGAACACUCAAUUGAAAGGGCGUGGUCCAGGCGGCCAACUACACACCGGUCAAUCAGCUCCCCUCGGUACUCCGUCCCAAAGCCAAGCUCACCGCAGCCGACUGCCCGUCCUAGGUGGUCGUCAGAACGCCUUUUUGAACCCCGAUGCUGGGCAUUACCAGCCUUCACCGGUGACGAGACAACCUUUGGGAGGUGGUGCAGGUCCGCGCAAUUUGGGCAGCUUCGCCUUUGGGGGUAAGGCAUCAAAGAGAGGUGGUGGAAGUGCAAAUAUUGGAACUUUGGGCAGAUGAACCAGUGAAAGUUAUCUGAUCGGUGAAAACGGAGGACGUAGACCGUAGUAGAUGCAUGAGUCCCGUGUAUUGGUCGUGUAAGACUGAAGGGGGGUACGAGAGGUCAUCCGUCCUUUUUUGGAGACGUACUGAAGGUCGUGUAACCUUUAUGGCGCUGCGGAACCGCACAUCGUACACCAUGUGAUACACAUAGUCCGUCAGCGUCGAUGAAAGCUUAU